AUGGCGACUACAGGCAAUCAAAACCAAGGUGUCCAUCAAUCAGCACUUCCCAUUUUUGAUGGGGAAAAUUAUGAUUUUUGGUAUGUGAAGAUGAAGACCAUUUUUCUCUCAUAUGAUUUAUGGGAUUAUGUUGAAGAUGAAAUUAUCAAUGCUUCUAAAGCAAAGGAGGCAUGGGAUAUUCUCGAGAAGAAGUAUAGAGGCAGCACGAAGGUGGUAAAUCAAAUGAAGACCUAUGGGGAAGAUAUUUCUAUUCAAAGAAUUGUUGAAAAAAUUCUGAUUAGUUUGCCGGAAAAAUAUGACUCUAUUGUUGCUGUUAUUGAAGAGACUAAAGAGUUUGAAAACUUGAGUGUUGAAGAAUUGAUGGGUUCCAUUAAAGCAUUUGAGCAAAGGUUGAAUAGGCGCUCCAAAAAGACAAUUGAAAGUGUUUUUCAAUCCAAGCUCAAUGUUAGUUCCAAAAAUCAAGAAAAAUACCCAUCAAGUUUUGAUCGAUCCAAAGGUGAAUCUUCUAGAGGUGGAAGACACGAAAGAGGAAGAGGAAGAAAUAAUUUUAAGAGAAGUAGAAAUAGAGAGUCCACUCAACAAAAUUGUGGAAUUUGCAAGAGAAGUAGCCAUGUUGACAAAGAUUGUUGGUUUCGGGGAAAACCUCAAUGUUUCAAUUGCAAGAAAUUUGGACAUGUUCAAAAAGAUUGCCGUUUGAAAACAAAUCAGCAAGCUAAUUUUUCCGAAGAGCAAGAAGGUGAAGCGAGCAUGUUUUAUGCUUGUCACACGACAUCAGAACAAAAGGAUGAUGUGUGGUUUCUUGAUAGUUGGUGUAGUAACCACAUGACCGGAGAUAAAAAUAUAUUCUUGGAGAUUGAUUCUUCAUCAAAUUCUCAAGUGAGGAUGGGAAACGGUGCCUGA